GCCGCGCCGAUAAUCGGUGUCAAAUUAAAAGUCCUGUCAAAAAAAAAAAAAAAAAAAAAGAGAAAAAUCACAUUGUCGCGCAGUUCGGUAUUGACUGUACAACUCGGUACUUUUUUGCGCAGCUCGUAUAAUUUGUCCAGCCCAAAAACAAUGAAACACUAUGGAGUUUAUAGACGAAACGUUUAGGAUAUCAGGCUCUCUUUUGUAUUUUUAACUUGUUUACGUCGAGGCGCUCGAGUUGAAGCCGAGAGGAGACGAUCUCCAGAUCACCUGAGGCACGCCAGGUGAGCCGCACGCGGAUGGAUGGCUGGCUGGCUGGCUGGGGUCGGACGGACGCCGGCUGCUAUCUAGUCUAGUGUGUGUGUGUGUGUGUGUGUGUGUGUGUGUGUGUGUGUGGUGUGGGGGAUCAACGCUCUCGUCUCCUGUUACACCGCUGCGCUUCAUCCUCCUCCCUUGUCUCCCUCCUCCCGUGAGCGGAUGAAUGCCACAGCCUGUGGUUUUGCCGUCGCCGAAAGGACUCCAUGUCUUUCUUGGACUGUUCCUGCAUCUCCCACACUCAAGUCCAGCCCCUGAACACAGAGGAGCACUAUGAGGACAUCAGCCACCAGUUCCUGAGCUCCGACGGGUCUGAAUACACCCUGCAAGGGCCGGCAGGUGGCGAUGACAUCACGGGGCUGUCAGCUGAGCCGGCCCACUACCAGCUGCUGUCCGAGCUGGGGAGGGGCUUCAACAACCUGAGCCAGGUGAACAUGGCGCGCCACGUCCCGACUGGCCGACCGGUGGCCGUCAAACAAACCAACCUGGACGAGUGCACGGAGGAGGAGCUGCUGCAGCUCAUGAGCGAGGUCCUGCUGUCCAGGGUGUUCCGUCACCCCAACCUGCUGACCUCUCGCCUGGUUUUCAGCUCCUGCUGCCGGCUUUGGGUCCUCACGCCCCUCAUGGCCUACGGCUCUGCGGACACCUUACUCCGAACUUAUUUCCCAGAUGGAAUGAGUGAAUCCCUGAUAGCGUACCUGCUGUACGGCGCGCUGAAAGCAUUGGAAUAUCUGCACCGGAUGGGCUACGUUCACCGGGGGGUGAAGGCCAGUCAUAUCCUGCUGUCUGGCGAGGGGCGCGUCUACCUCUCUGGCCUCCACAGUGUUUACAGCAUGAUGCGCGAGGGGAAGAGGAUGAGGGCGGUGUUCGACAUGCCCCACCACAGCCCCGCCCUGUUGCCCUGGCUCAGCCCCGAACUACUGCGACAGGACCUGCAUGGCUACGGAGUGAAGUCGGAUAUCUACAGUCUAGGUAUCGUGGCCUGUGAGCUGGUGAGCGGCAGGGUGCCUUUCCAAGAAAUGGCCCCCACUCAGAUGCUGCUUCAGAAGCUGCGUGGCUCCCAUUGCUGCCUGCUGGACGUGGCUCCCUUCCCGCUAGGCGCGCUGGGGGGGCUGAAGGUGUCACGGUCCGGGGUGGACUCUGGCAUCGGGGAGAGCGUGGCCACCGGAAGCAUGACGCACAGCGCCACCGCUCCUCCUACCGACCGACCUCAGAGCCCAGCCCCUAAAAACCACUCGGUCACCCUGCACAACCUGGUCCAGCUGUGUCUGCAGCAGCAGCCUGAGCGCAGGCCGUCCGCAUCUACACUGUUGAGCCACGCCUUCUUCAAGCAGGUGAAGAGGCACACCAGAGGCACCUUCCUCAACCUCAUGUACCCAGCAGUGCCCCUCACCAGCCCAGAGGACCCUCCGGUAUCCAGCCCCCCGGCCCCGUCUUGCCACACUCCGGUGUUGGCCUCCGCCGAGGCCGCGUGGGACUUCUCUUAACCCCACGACCUCUGCCCCCAGAAUCUACAAAUCCUGACUAGCAAGCCAAACCCAAAGACAACAAAGCAAAGCAAUAAGGCCAAAUUCUACUGUGCUUUUAUUUUGUAUUAUUAGCCUUUUUUUUCUAAAGAAGUAGUUUCGUAGUUGUUGUUUUUUCUAAAUCCGUUUGUCUGAUGCAUAUAUACAGAGUCGUGGGAUGGGGACGAGACUGUGAAAGUGCUCGAUCAAAGAUGCUGCUCUGGAUUAUAUAUGAACGAUCCAUGAUGGUGAUGACAAUGAUAACAAUGGACCGUCAAUACAAAAGAACAAUCCGUUGAUUCAUAAUCGCACACUUCAACUAUGAGUCAAAGGAAAAGUCCACCCCUGAAAUACCUUGUUAAUAUCAUCAAUUUGUGAGAAACGCAUGUUGUUCUUACAAUGCGCUCUUCAUAUUUCCACGGACGCUAUUGUACCUGUUCUCCUCAAAGUAUUCUGAAACAUGGAGGACCUCGUUAACUGAAUCUGAAUACAUCAGAAAGUUACAUCCUAACAAGCACUGACACAGAUAACCCCUGAGUGACUACGUGAGGGUGGUGUUUUUUCCUUUGACGGUGUUUUAAUGUGUUCAGACUAUGAAUAGUUAAUACUGAGGUACAUGAGACCAUAUUUACAACACGUGUGCAUAUAUAUAUAUAUAUAUAU